AUGUCUUCCGAGAAAAUGAGUCUAAAUCCCGUCUUCCAGGCGCUUUCAGAAAUACAGCGAAGCACCGAUGUAUGCCCGCAUCCUCAAGACUCUGAUUACAAGACUUGUCGAACAAAGACAAUAAGGGGCGGGAGAUGCAGAAAUCGCCCUUGCAGAAAAGAUGAAAGAUGGCACACUCCUAGCCUGUUGCUCGAAUUCCAGAACAUGACAGAAUGUCCUACAACACAAAGCUUUUACGACAGGAUGAAAACCUUUGUCACUUAUACACAUUGUAAGGGGAAGCAUCGUGAUAAAGUUCUCGAUGCCUUUGAAGCAUGGAAGAGAAUACAUGCUAUCGAUGAACUCUUUUCAGAGCGGAGUUCAACACCAUCAGCUGACUUACUCGAAACAUCGACCGCACAACCAAUUACGGCGGCUGCACUACAACUUCUACCCUCGACGCCCGCACGAUCUAUAAAAGUUUCAGAUUAUGCGACAUCAGACGAUGGCAGCUCUUUCGUUGAGAGCACAGCGGAUACUCGUUCGGUCACAAGCAAUACAACAUACAUGACCUCUCUCCCUAACACUCCCAUGCGUAAUGGAACAAUCUCCCGAUUUGACACAGAGUAUGUUGCCGAGGAAGAGUACGUUGGUGAGCCUAGUGAUGAGGAGGACGUUUUCAUCGAUGACAAAAAUGAUGAAAAGGCUACCCAAGAAGAUGCCCACCAUGAUAUUUUUGAAGAGGCUAAAGAUGGGGCUCUUCGAGACAAUACCAUCGCUCCCUACAUCAAACAAGAGCGUGAUGGUGAGAAAAUACGAGACUCUACUUUCACCACCAAGAUAAAUGCUACGUCGUCGGAGAAAGGACACAGCGACGGGAGAGAGCAUGUCGAAGAAGGAGACAACGAUGAAGAAGAAGAAGACACCGCCAUCAAAGGGCUUGGCAUUAUCGGUAUUCGGCGCACCCUGUCAUUACGAGACCACUCGCCAGUGUUUCAGGUGAUCAACAGUCAUCCUACGAACCCGAAGAUGAAAGAGGGCGUUGUUUACAUACUUGAACAUGAGAAGAACCCUUCGCUCUUCAAGAUUGGGUGGUCCAGUAAGAGCGCCGAGGAGAGAAUGCAGCAACCCGGAAAUUGUUACGGAAAAAAUACCCAGAUUUUCUACGAGACAAAGCGGUUCGCUGGUGCCCCGCAGGCCGAGAGAAUAGCGCAAGUCAUACUCCGACAUGCCAACAUUCGUGUUUCAGAAUGUUUCUAUUGCCAUGGAGGACACAGAGAGUGGGGUCAAGCUGAUGAGCAAAGCGAUGUGGUUCUUCUCAUUCAGCGACUCUGUCAGGCAUACUUUUCUGACGUUUAG